AUGUUCAACCCAGACACUAAUCAUUGCAUUCCGUCCCAGUUCCGGGCCCGAAGGCCCCGUUUUGCGGCACUGACAUCCGGCUUGUCUCGGCGGACCAGCCAAUCAAGUGUUAGUAUCCCAUACGGCAAUGAACGAAAAUGGAAGUCGGAGGUGUCCCACUGCUUUUGGUGA